ACAGCUAAUUCCUCUCUUUUUCAUGUAUCUUCAGACUUAAGACUUUUGACCACAAAAAUCUCUUUACAUGCUCAACACACGUCUCACAUCUUUGUAUAAAUUACACAACACACACAAACACGAAUCUUUAAGCUUCACAGAUUCUAAAAAUCGAAACUUUAACCUUUUUUCUCGGAACACCACAAAUCUCAUUUUUAGCUUUUUUUUCGAUUCCAAAUCUUGAUUAUUUAGUCUUCUUCAAGAACUCGAUUUUCAUUCGCGUUUAUGUCGACGACGAUGAAGAGACAGGGCUGCAGCUCAGAUUCCGGUGAUCUACGGCGGCAGCCCAGUCGUCUACAAAAACGACCUCCGGCUUUAAAACUGGUUCCGGCGACUCCGGCGGCGAAUAACUGGAAAACGGCUAUACCUCUCCUCUCGCCGUUAGCUCUUUCUCCUGAAUCAUCACCGGUUGAACAACCACCGGUUGAGAAUCAGACGACGGCGAAGGCGGUUGAGAAAACGCCGGUUUUCAAGAAAUGGCAGCAUCCGGCGGCGCCGUUCUAUUACGAGUCAUCGACGUUUGUUCCACCGUUUGUUCCGGUUUAGUAUUGGUUUAGAGAUCCAACGGCUCAAAAGUACAGUUUGUUUGUUUUAUUUGGGUCUGUGUAGAUCUAACGGCCCAGAAAACGCGUUUCGUGCGUUUUUACUAUUUCGUGGUUGGAACAAACGCGAUUUUCGUAUAGAAUUUUAAUAAAUAAAAAGAUUAUUAAAUUAA